GUAUUUAUAUAUAUAUUAUCAUGUUUGGAAUACAUAAAAGAUAUAGCCAUUGAAAGAAGAUGAAGUUUCUAAGUGUUCUCGUGCUUGUAUUAUUGGGAAAUAGCAUCGAGGCCUAUAGUGAAAUUUCUCAAAUUUCUUUGAAAGAAAUCAGUAAUAUCAAUAGCCAAGGACCAUAUAUUGGUAUAGUUGUGCCAAAUGCCUAUGAGUUGAAGCCUCUUCUUCAAUCAUCCAGUUUUGUGCCUCAUAACAAGUUUCUUUACUUUGACUUUGCUGGAAGACAUUUUCGCAUUGGUGAAUUGGAAAAGAAGAAGGUUAUUGUUGUUAUGAGUGGAGAGGGUAUGCUAAAUGCAGGUCUUGCUACCCAAUUGUUGCUUACUUUGUUUAAUGUUGAAGGAGUUCUUCAUUAUGGAAUUGCUGGUAAUGUAAAUUCUAAAUUCCAAGUUGGAGAUGUGACUAUUCCACAAUAUUGGGCUCACACAGGACUUUGGCAUUGGCAGAGGUUUGGUGAAGACAGUGGAGAUUUCAACAGAGAAUUUGGCCAUCUAAAGUUUUCCGAUUACAAUAACUAUACAAAACAUUCCAAAUCAGUGGAAAAUAUUUUGAACAAGGUUUGGUAUCUACCGGAGCAAAUUUUUCCUGUGGACGGAGCUCUUGAAGUAAAGCAACAUGCUUUUUGGGUUCCAGUUGAUAAAAAUUACUUUGAAAUCGCAACAAAACUCAAGAAUGUUGAAUUGAUUAGUUGUGUUAACAAAACUUGCUUGCCAAGAAAGCCAAUUGUGGUGAGAGUAAAGAAAGGGGUAAGUGCCAAUGUGUUUGUUGACAAUAAAGCUUAUAGAAAUCAUUUGAAGUCCAAAUUAGAUGCUACUCCAACUGACAUGGAAAGUGCUGCUGUUGCUUUAGUUUGUUUCCAACAAAAAAUACCUUUCAUUGCCAUUAGAGCAUUGUCUGAUUUAGCAGGAGGAGGUUCUGCAUUGACUAAUGAAGCAUCUAUAUUUUUAUCAUUAGCCUCUCAAAAUGCAUUUGAUGUUCUUGUCAAAUUCAUCUCUUUAUUGUAAUUUAGUAGCUUUAAUGAGUUUCUUGAAGUGUAAGCUAGAGACAUUUUUAGAGGGAGACAUUUUGAAGUGUAAGCUUUAAUGAGUUUCUUGGAAGACAAGACAUUGGAGAAAUUUGUGUUGAUAUACACCGUAGGAAUUACACCCUCUGUCUUUCAACUCUCCGAAACAACACAUGACAAAGACGGUGCCUGCGAGCUCGUACGAUUCAAAUUCAGUGAUCCUGGCUCGAUCACAAUAUUCAUCGAAAGAGCCGAAAACAAUCUUCUCAAACCAAUUAAUACGAACGAGUUUGAAAAAGAUGGUAUUUUCAAUUUUGUUAACGAGACUAAGGACCGUUCGGGAGACGUUACGAAAACAAACGUGGCCUACCGUGGGAGCGAAGACGAGGGUAGUCUUCUUGUGGUAGAGCAGAAGAGAAAGAGUGGAGCUGAAAAGCCUUAUGUGGUGACUCUUGCACAUUACUAUGCUAUUAGUAGUUAUACUUUGUUUGGUUUAGUAACAUAUGAUGCUGGGCUUUCGAUAACCGUAAAUGUUAGAGUGGUUAAUGAUGAACUUAAUUAUGUUUCUAGGCAAUGUCAUAAUCAUUCUCCUAGGGUACUUCUUCCUAUGUUUCAACAAGUGUGUAGAUCAAGGACAUGGAAGUGGGAUACUUGCCCUUAUAGUCAUGCUGCGGAAGAACGUAGGAAGGAAUUCAAGCGAAUGAACAGACAUCUGUUUAAGACCAACACUGAGACAGAGAGUGAGGAUGGAGAAGGAAGCUAUGUUCAAUUAACUAAGCAAAUUGGAAGUAAUGUUGUUGCUAAUCAAGGUGCGAUUAGAGGCAAAAAUAACGGUAAUAUGGUUGUGAAGAAUCUUUAUCUUAGAGGACGAAAGUAACUCGACAACAUCAAAGUACAAAGUUCAAAUGUUUGUUUAUUUCAAUUAUAUUGUUAUGAUAAUUUUACAGUUCUGCCAUCAAAUAUUGUUGGGAAGACUUAUAAGUUUUCUAUCUUAAACAUUUUUGGAUAUCUUCGAAUUUAAUUGAAGGAUUCAGAUUGUUGCUUAUCUUCAUUUAUCUUCUUAAUACUUUCUUUUGGAAUUUAUGUAUGGAAAAUACUACAUUGUACCAAACUCUGCUACAAACACUAUAACAAUACUGCCUGAAACAAGAAAUAGCAAAGAAAUAAUCUAAUUUUGUAGCAUGGUUAUUAAAGCUAGACCGGACUAGACUGGCCAAUUCUAUUGGUUAGACCGAGAAACAGAUCUGUAUCUGGUCUAACUAUCCAGCACUAUUUCUGUCUAGAAGUCAACAUCUAAAUCUGAGAAAUCUCCAUCUCAUUUUCAAUCACCGUACACACUCUGUGACCAAGGGAACCCAAAUAAAAAGGUUACAUUUUUCAAUAAAAACUCUUGAUGAAGAACACCAUUCAACCCUCUUGUUUAAAAGCUUCAAGACAAAGAACACACGUCCACCUCAAUCUAUCGGAAGAUACAUGAGUGAUACAAAAGAAAGAACCCACGAAGAACUUGAGAGACUCCCAAAACAACAAUCCUUAUUGCACCCACGGUUUUUCUUCAAUGUUUGGCAAACUAGGUUUUGCAAGUUCCUUUUUAUAUAUACUUGCAAAAUGGACUU